CACCGGAGGGGGCGGGGCCUGUGGGUUGCCUCAGCGUGCUGCGUGCUGACGUCGUCCGGACUAAACGCCGUUUCAGACUUUGUAGUUUUGAAGGUUUAAAAAGGCCCAACGGCGAAUAAACGCGGGUCGAAGCUGCGGGACACACCGAACUCAGUAGAUAUGAACUGUCCUUCGCGGUUACGAGCCGAUCCGAGCCGAUCCGAGCCGUGAUAAGAAGUGAUUCCGGUUCAAGUGGGAAGGUUUGAACCCCAGAAAGUGACCAUUGUUGUAACGGGGUCGAGGCUGCGAUCAUCUCCACUUUCCCCCCCUCCCUCCUCUCUGUUCGGGGCUUCUUCUCCUCCUGUUCGCGGGCUCGCUGCACACAGAAAACAGCGCGAGCUUCUUGUAAGAGUGUCAUGAAAGAAAUGUCCAGCACCAUGCCUGGUGGGCAGCAGCAGCCUCAGAAACAUUAUGGCAUCACCUCUGCCAUCAGCCUCGCACCCCCGCGAGAAAUAGACCACCAGUACACCAAGAAGCUCUGCGAUGCUAUGAAACCUUUCGGGGUGUUUGAAGACGAAGAGGAAUUGAACCACAGACUUGCAGUUCUUGGGAAGUUGAAUAACUUUGUUAAGGAAUGGAUCGCAGAGAUCAGUGAGUUAAAGAACCUUCCACCAUCAGCUAUAAGCUGUGUUGGAGGCAAGAUAUUUACAUUUGGUUCAUACCGACUUGGAGUGCACACAAAAGGAGCUGAUAUUGAUGCCUUAUGUGUGGCCCCACGCCACGUAGAGAGAACUGACUUUUUCCAGUCUUUCUUUGAGAAAUUGAAACAGCACGAAGAGAUCAAAGACCUGAGGGCUGUUGAGGACGCUUUUGUACCAGUGAUAAAGUUCAAAUUUGAUGGAAUAGAGAUUGAUCUGCUUUUUGCCAGACUCGCCUUACAGUCCAUUCCAGACAACCUGGACCUGAGGGGAGACUCCAUCCUGAGGAACUUGGACAUUCGGUGUAUCCGCAGCCUUAAUGGCUGUCGAGUGACUGAUGAAAUUUUGUACCUGGUGCCAAACAAAGAGAACUUCAGGCUGACAUUGAGAGCCAUCAAACUGUGGGCAAAACGUCGUGGGAUCUACUCCAACAUGCUGGGCUUUCUGGGUGGAGUGUCGUGGGCCAUGCUGGUGGCCCGGACCUGUCAGCUCUACCCUAACGCUGUGGCUGCCACGCUGGUCCACAAGUUCUUCUUGGUGUUCUCCAAAUGGGAGUGGCCAAAUCCGGUGCUAUUGAAACAGCCUGAGGACAGUAAUCUGAAUUUACCUGUGUGGGAUCCUAGAGUCAACCCAUCUGACAGAUACCACCUGAUGCCCAUCAUCACACCUGCGUAUCCCCAGCAGAACUCCACGUACAACGUCUCCACAUCAACGCGCACCAUCAUGAGCGAGGAGUUCAAAUACGGCCUCAGCGUCACAGAUGAGAUUCUUCAGGGAAAAGCAGAAUGGUCCAAACUCUUUGAGCCACCCAACUUUUUCCAGAAGUACAAGCAUUACAUCGUCCUGACUGCCAGCGCAUCCACAGAAGAAAACCAUCUAGAAUGGAUCGGUCUGGUGGAGUCAAAGAUCCGUGUCCUGGUGGGAAACCUUGAGAGGAAUGAGUACAUCACCCUGGCUCAUGUCAACCCCCAGUCCUUCCCGGGGUCCAAAGAGAACCGCAACGAGAACGACUUUGUGUCCAUGUGGUUCAUCGGGAUCAUCUUCAAGAAAGUGGAGAACGCGGAGAGCGUGAACAUCGACCUGACGUACGACAUCCAGUCCUUCACAGACACCGUGUACAGACAAGCCAACAACAUCAACAUGCUGAAGGAGGGGAUGAAGAUUGAAGCAACACACGUGAAGAAGAAACAGCUCCACCAGUACCUUCCUCCUGAACUGGUACAGAAGAAGAAGAGGAGCAUAGCCGAGUUGAACCGGAGCUCUAACGGUGGGAGCUCUAAGCGGAUCUCUCUGGACAGCAGCCACCUGGACAGCUCCAGAGACACCGACUCAGGGACUCCCUUCAGCUCCCCGACCGGCAAACCACUCAAACCUACGUCGGACACAGACGACGGCGUCAGCCCUCCCAAGCAGCUUUUUGUGGAGAGCCCCUCAGCACCCAGCGCCGCUCCCAGCGCCGCUCCCAGUGCUGCUCCCGGUGCCGCUCCCAGUGCUGCUCCCGGUGCCGCUCCCAGUGCGUUGCCCAGUGCCGCUCCCAGUGCGGUGCCCAGUGCGGUGCCCAGUGCGGCGCCCAGCGCGGUGCCCAGCACGGCGCCCAGCACGGCAACUGCUGCUCAAGACCAGGGCAUGUCCAUCCCUGUUAUUGGCUCAAAGCCUUCAGUUAAAGCGAAGCCUCCCUCACCGCCAGCCAGUAGCUCCAUCGCCACCGUGCUGAGCACGGACGUGCUGCCCAACGCCGCCAGCAGCCCCAGAGAGGAGCCCAACGGCCUGGAGGACUCCGUCAACGGAGCUCCGGCCAAGAGACCGCGCUCGCCCACAGAAGAGGAGCUGGCCAAGCGGCACAAAGACACAGAGGUGGUGUCCAGUGACGACUCUGCUUUUAAAGAGCCAUAUCCACCAUCCUCUGAAUCCCACACACACGGAGAAGGAGCCAAUAUUACCCCCCAUUCUGGAUCAAAGGCUAAGCCCAUUCCAACCAUUGAUACCUCAAGAACACAGAGACUUCCCAGCAUGGAGCUGCCAGACGCCUCCUCGCCUCUCCCAGCCAGCAACAGUUGUCGCGUUGUAAAAAAUUCCAUUAAACUGGCCCUCAACCGCCACAACAUCACACCUCCCAAGCCCCCAGUGUUUGAGGGCACCCUCGCCACUGACGCUGCUCCUGCCGGUGAAGAGAAGGGCAUGUCCAUUCCUGUCAUUGGCUCAAAACACGUGGCAUCCAAACACGCGGUGCCCCCCGUCGGCAGCUCCAUCCCCACGCUAGUGAGCCGAGGAGCUGACCCGCUGAACGGAGCCGCCACCAAGAGACCCCUCUCCCCCUCUCAGGAGGAGCAGGCCAAGAGGCUGAAAGAAACAGAGAAGGCCAGAAUCCACAUAGCCUGAGCCACGCGACUGUAGACCGGACUCACACACACACACAGAGGUGGGGCUUUACAGUUAAGUCGAACACCGAGAAGAUGACUUCACACGGGGACAGGGAAUGCGUUCAGGUCUCGAGUGUGAAGCAGCAGGACGGGACACCUCAAACCUCAAAUCUUCAGAGAUUCUAGAUUUGCCAGCGGAUAGGUGAUUUGGUCAAAGCAGAUGUUGUCAGCUCCCUCCGUCACGCUCGCAGCCAGAGGGCAUUUAACACGCCAGUCACGGAGAUAUCUGACAUGAGAACUAAAGCGACAGUUUUUUUUACUCGUCUUUCUCCCUCGGUGUUUAAAAAUGUGCACAGUGCAGACAGAAAACGUGCUGUUCUUUUUCAUUUUCCGUUUUUUUUCCAGUUAACGUGUUUUAAAAACAGCCCAGAAUACCGACGCUCGCUGCGCACACUUCCCGUGUAUGCCAGUUUUUCUUUUCUUUUCUUUUUCUCCCCAAACAGAAAAACCUGUACAGUAAAUGUUGAUGUACAUAACUUUUUUGUCUUAAAAAAAAAAAAAAAAGCAAAAGAUCACUGUUAAAGUCUUUUGAUCAUUAUAUUGUAGUUUUAUCUAAAAAUGGAAAAAAAAAAAAGUUUAAAAAAUUGUAAUUCUUUUUUGUUUUGUUUUUUCUCUAUUGCUUGUCCCAAAAAGAAGUUUGUCUCCAGCCCUGGAUAUUUUUUGUAAACACUGUAUAGGUUUGGAUACAGUUGCAGGGAGGCUUUAUUGAGGGGUUUGCUCGGAUCUGACAACCACGACUCUUUGGACCACCACGACCGCCCAGAACCGGACUCCAGGUUAGUAUCGGACUGCAGGCGAUCAUAGACGUCCGGUGACAUCAGUGCCUCUCAGGUGCCGGUAAGAGCAUUAAAAAAAAAAAAAAAAAAACCAUCAUUAACAACAGGAAACUGCGUUUUCUGGAUGUGAUGUAAUGAAGCUUCUCUCUCGGAAGGAUUUUAGCACCGAACAUCGGAACAACGUUUCAUAUCAGAGCUGAUCCUCCCUGUUCAGUGUCGCUUCACUGUCACCGCCUUGUUGUUCCUCUUGGAUUAAAAGAAAAAAGGUUGAGUUCUUUCUGUUUGUCCUGGUGUGUUUAAGGUCGACACGAGAAAGACAGUUCAGACGGUCACAACAGAGUGUUUGGAUAUCAGUUGUGUGUACCUGUGGUCCAUCAGGAGGGCUAAACAACUAAACAACAACAACAACAACAACCUAAUAUAUCUGGGCUGCUGUUUGACCCCCCCCCUCCACCAGUUCACCACGAUCGGUCCUGGUUGCGCUUGUGUCCAUGAGUUUGUGGAGCUCAGUGAAGAAAUGGUUCGAAGCUUUUUUUGCGUGCGUGCAUUUGUCUGUGUGUGUUGUGUGUGUGUGUGUGUGUGUGUGUGUGUGUGUGCUUCAUGGCUGACUGUGUGUGCGUGCAUGCGUUGGAUGGUUGUUUGUGUGUCGGGGAGAGACAGACUUCCCUUCGUUAGGGUGUUAACGCUCUGCGCCUCCUGUGGAGGUUCUUAAAUAAAGCAUCUCCUGGGGCCACUGGUGGGGCGGGGGGGGGGGUCAGGAGACAACUUGUUUUGUUAAUUUUUUUCUGCCUUGGGCCCCAACCCUCCAUCUUUAUGGUCUGAAGCUGGUUUGAGUUCAGCAGCACAGAAGAUACAUGUACACAACGAAAGUAUAAAGUGAUGCUGACGCGGCGCCCUCUUCUCCGGAGAGUUGGGACGCAGGUGUCCCCCGGUGUCGGUUUCCCUCAACUUUAAUGUACAGAGAACAGUUUUUUCAAAAGGCAUAUUCUUCAUUAUCGGGGGUUUUCUUAUCACUUUAUUUAUAUUUGCAUAUUUGUACCAUGUGAUCUUUUUUUUUUUUUAAUAGCAUUCAUAGCAGGUAAUUCUCUUUUGAAUGGAAAUCUGCGCCGCUCUGUUUCAGACAACUCAUGUUUUGCUGUUUGGAAACAUUUAACAAAACAGGUCAUUUAGAUGUUUGUUUCUAAAAUGUAUUGAAAGGGUAUUUUUGUAUGUGUUUAUCACUUCCUUUAAAUGAAUCUGUACACCCAUUAAACCCCUAAAAACUA